AUGAAUUGGUUACCACCUGCGUCACGUCGUCUUGCACUGACUCUUUUAUUGAUAUUCUCUGUUAUUUUAGUACGAUCAGCGAUUAAACCAUAUGAUUCUUUUGUAUGGCUUCUGGAAGUUUUACCAGCAAUUGUUGGUAUUUUUGUAAUGAUUCUUGUAUCACCAAAUUUCCGUUUUACAAAUCUCGUUACGAUACUUGUUUUUAUUCAUUGUCUUAUUUUAACUGUAGGUGCACAUUAUACUUAUGCUGAAGUACCACUUUUUCAUAAACUUCGAGAGAUAUUUCAUAUGAAACGAAAUAAUUAUGAUAAAGUUGGUCAUUUUGCUCAAGGUUUUAUACCUGUACUUAUUGUACGUGAAAUAAUUAUAAGAUUACGAAUUUUAUCACCAAAUAUUAGUAAAUAUUGGUUACCAUAUAUAUGUGUAUCAGUAACAUUAAGUUACUCGGCUAUAUAUGAAUUAAUUGAAUGGGCUGUUGCAGAAUUAACUGGUGAAUCAGCUGAUGCUUUUCUUGGUACACAAGGAUAUAUUUGGGAUACACAAAGUGAUAUGUUUUGUUGUUUAAUUGGUUCAAUUCUUUCGUUAGUAUUAUUAACGAAUUUACACGAUAAAUCCCUUCGACGUGUCGAACAAAUGGAGAAAAAAAAUUAA